UUAGCCUCUGGAAUCUCGCACACUUGUUUGCUUCACUCCUGGGAACGAGGAGAAGGCAUGAAGGGAACACACAGGGUGAACACAGACAGAAACACAGAAGGGAUUACGAGCGAUCUGAAAAGAGAAGCAUAAAGAGAGAGAAAGAAAGAUGAAGAAGCUGAACAUUAAGAUGUCUGCUCUCUGAUGCGGCUACAAUGUUGGUAUGCGGUUGCCUGCACCGUAUGUUUCCCUCUACACUCUCUAGCUGACUGCUUCUGCUUUCAUGCUGCUGACCGCCACUUUACUUAUCUCUCCACGGAUCUGGAUCACUUUGAGCAUUGUGAAGGACAGAGGCAACCGAUGUGGGGCUCAGGAAGUGUAAACCGCCCCGGGCCGGUCCCUGCCUUCCUCAGGAGCCCACCUGUCAUCCCAACCCCACUGGACAUGAAGCCUUUCCUUCAGUUCCCCCUGGAUUCACCUCACUCCGGCACCAUCGGCCUCUUCCACAACUUUAACACAAUGGACCCUGUCCAGAAGGCUGUGAUGACGCACACCUUUGGGCCGCCUAUGGUGAAGACAAAGAGGCCAAUCAUCUCCUGCAAUGUCUGUCAAAUACGCUUCAACUCAGAGAGUCAGGCAGAGGCCCACUAUAAGGGAAACCGGCACGCUCGAAGAGUGAAGGGGAUCGAGACAUCCAAGACAACGCGUCUCCAAGACAGUGACAACCAACAGCAGCAGCAGCCUCCCCCUCCGGCAUCGCCCUCCCCAUCGGGCCCCUUGCCAUCCAGCCUUGACCCUGAUUCUAAUCAUCACAAGCAAGAUGACCCUCAGUUGUGUCUGACCUCUAAAGAGUCACUAUUGACCCUCAUCCACCUCCCAACACCCACACUGAGCACAGUGGACUCAGAGUGCCCCCUUUUGCCUUCUGUCAGCACACCUCUGCUGCCCUCUCCCUCCCCCUCUGCAGCCCUCAGCACUCCUCCUGUGGAUACUGCAGCACCUGCUUUCCUAGACACCCCGUCCCCAGCACCCAGCCAUUCUUCCGGGGAGUCGGAGGAGGAGAAAGCCAAGAAGCUUCUCUACUGCUCGCUAUGCAAAGUAGCUGUUAAUUCCCUAUCACAAUUGGAGGCACAUAAUAAAGGUACCAAACACAAAACUAUUCUGGAGGCUCGAAAUGGACUGGGACCCAUUAAAGCAUACCCACGCUUGGGUCCGAAACCCAGCCCUGAGCAGGGAGGGGAGCUGUCCUCUGACCCCAACACUCAGGAACGCACCUUCCACUGUGAGAUCUGCAAUGUCAGAGUCAACUCUGAGCUGCAGCUUAAACAGCAUAUAUCUAGCCGGAGGCAUCGAGAUGGAGUAGCAGGCAAACCUAAUCCUCUUCUCAGUCGGCACAAGAAGCGUACAGACUUUAUGGAACUUCCAAAAACUCUUGGGGCCGGACUUUUACCAAAUCCUCUGGCUGUUGCCGCAGCAAUGGCCGCUGCAGCAUCCUCAAAUCAGCUGGCACUACGUCCUCCCGGCCCGGCUUCCCACCCUCACCCCCAUCACCACCUCCUACAGGGAACACCACUCAGCCUCCUGAGGCCAGCCCCGGGUCCCAUCCGCACCACACAUGGACCAAUCCUCUUCACUCCUUACUGAUGUUGAGAGCAAGGACGAAUCAGGAAAAAGCACACUGAGACUUGGAGGUCAGCUUACAUGUGCCAUUGAUCGGCUGACUCCAGCUGGUCACAGCAUUUCAGUGAAAUAAUAAUAAUAAUAACAAUAAUAAUAAUAAUAAAAACACAUGUAUGACUCUUCAUGGUGCAUUGUGUAGAGAUAUAUGUUUUCAUCCUCUCCUGUUUAUGUCAGUGAUCAGACUGACUGUUCAGAGUGUCUCGAGGAACUUCUAAAUAAGUCUCUAUCAAGCACGUACUUCCUUGAAUAUCCUCAAAUCCACAACUGACAUCGAUCAUGUGAAGCAUCGCAUCAGACUCUAGACCCUACCUCUCUUGUGUUUUUUUGUUUUUUAAUGUUCACCUCUGCAAUGAUUCAUUUAAUUUCCAGAGCAUUAAUAUUAUCUGACAUGACCACAUGCUUAGAUUUAGUUGCUGUCACUGGUGGUAGCUGGUAUCACUCUGAAGCUGUCACAGUGCGGUGGAUUGAACCGCUGUUAAGUUCUGCUUUCGUGGCCCAAGGAGAAAACAAAGGGUACCCAGGAUAUAAUUUCUGCAAUAUCAUGCAAACAUUUCUCUGUACUGUGUGUCUUCAUAUUCGCUGGCUUAUAUGGUCUUUUGUUUCUUUUUAUCUCUCUGGGACAGACACAAGAAGACGAAAGGCAAAGGAGUUAUUGUAGCUGUCAACUGGUGUACUAUGCAGUCAUCAGGAUGUUAUCUCACUGUCUAGUCCCUUUUGAAAUAUAGUAAAAACUGUUGACCGCAACCAUGUGGUGGCACGUUUUUAUCUGCAAAGAAACAGAGAGGUUUUAGUGUCUUAAUGGAAUCUACUGUGAGAUGGCAGGACUAUUGUUGAUUUAUGAUUUCAGUAGCAGGACUAUUGCAAUGUGUACACAUAAAAAAAAAGACCACAUCUCACCGCAAUCUCAUAAACGGAAAGAGGAAGCAGUGCAAUGACUGACACCAGCAUUAUGCUAUCAAAGGAAGAGAAAAGGACCACAUACACAGAUAACAUUUUUGAUAGCAUUAUAGACCCAUGUAGGUAUUUUAAAGAAAAAAAAAUAAAAUAAAAAUUUGAGUUUGUCUGCUUUGCCUUGUGUGCUCUACAUCACCAUCUGAGUAGCCCAAUGAAAACUGUCACGGUGGCUUUAGAAAGCAGAAACUGUAGCAAUACAUUAAGCACUCCUGCUGACUUUUCAUGUUAACUGCAAUAAAAAGAAAAACGUCUACAGAUGUACUAAAUGUUAUUUAGAAGACGGGUUGAAAGAUUACUGUAACUGUAGAUUACUGAAAGAAAAAAAUGGUAGUAAUGGUUCACAUUGGGGCUUCCUAAUUGUUAAAUCAAAACAAAAUUAUAUCUAAAAUCAUUUAAAAUCAUUAAACUGAAUAUCUGGUUGUAA